UGACAGCACCCCACCAUGCCGAGGUCCUUCCUAGUGAAGAGCAAGAAAGCGCACAGCUACCACCAGCCUCGCUCCGCUGACGAGGACUACAGCCUGCGGCUGGAGACGGUGCUAGCCCAGAUCUGUGCAGGUAGGAGUCCCUCUAUCCCCGAGGACACGGAGCUGUGCCGCACCGCCCUGCCCGAUCCGGAGCCUUCCCGCGGGCGCUUUUCCCCGGAAUCCCACCUUGCCGAGGCUGCCGAUGGCACCUCCGAGUCAGCGCCCAGCUGCGAGGGCAGUGUCUGUGACAGAGUGUCCGAGUUCGAGGAUUUCUGGAGACCUCCCUCGCCCUCCGUCUCGCCAGCCUCGGAGAGAUCUGUGUGUCCAUCCCUAGAUGAAGCACCCCCUUUCUCGGUCCCCUUCAAACCCUACAUGUGGAACAGCCUGGGUGGCUCCGAGCUCAGGCACCUUGUGCAAAGCUACAGGCCCUGCCCGACGCUGGAGCGGACCUCAGCCCUGGGGCUCUUCUGCGACCGAGGCUCGGAGCCCGCCCUCUACGGUGCCGAGUGCAGCUCUUCCCUGGGACUGUAUGGUGACUUCAGCUCCCCGGGCCCGGGGCUGUUUGAGCGGCCACCAGCAGCAGCUCCUGGACUCUAUGCCGAAACGCAGCCUGGACUGCAGCAGGAGAAGGGGCCAGGUGGCAUCAAAGUGGAGUCUGACCUUCUGUGCCGCCCACUGCUCAUCAGCGCUGGCUCUUACAAGUGUGUCAAGUGCAGCAAGGUCUUCUCCACACCGCAUGGCCUUGAGGUACACGUGCGCCGCUCACACAGUGGCACGAGGCCCUUUGCCUGUGACAUGUGUGGCAAGACCUUCGGCCAUGCAGUCAGCCUGGAGCAGCACAAGGCCGUGCACUCGCAGGAACGCAGCUUUGAUUGUAAGAUUUGUGGCAAGAGUUUUAAGAGAUCUUCUACUCUCUCCACCCACCUGCUCAUCCACUCAGACACCCGACCCUAUCCGUGCCAGUACUGUGGGAAGCGGUUCCACCAGAAAUCUGAUAUGAAGAAACACACCUUCAUUCACACAGGUGAGAAGCCUCAUAAGUGCCAGGUGUGUGGAAAAGCCUUUAGUCAAAGCUCCAACCUCAUCACCCACAGUCGGAAGCACACAGGCUUCAAGCCCUUUGGCUGCGAUCUGUGUGGCAAAGGCUUCCAACGAAAGGUGGAUUUACGGAGACACCGGGAGACACAGCAUGGCCUGAAAUGAGUCCCAACUCCAGUACGGAAAGCGCUACAACACUAUGAGAACAGACUCCCUUGGCUUCCCUGCUGGACCCUGUCUUGAACAUGGACCCUGGCAUUACCUUUCUGAACAGGAGCUCAAAGAGGAAAGAAGAGGACAGAGCCAUGUGUUGACAGCUCAGCCUGAAUGACUGUGAAGGGGGAAAGUAAAGGCUGGGGUUUCUCUCUUUCUCUUUCCCUUGUUGUUUCUGAAAUAACACUGAAAUACAAGCCUUUUAGAUAUAAAGCCUAAUACUCCAAAGAUGGAUAAGCUAUCAAAUAUCUGCAAGCUGGAAAAUAUUUCUCCCAUGGCCAUGAUGAACCCCUUCAAGUUUUCAGUAGCUUGAAUCAGCUGGCAGGAAAACAUGGGUAUAACAGUGUUUACAUGGGGUAAUGACAGAGAGGCAUCAGCACCU